AUGCCCAAAGAAAAGAAACCGAAAAAACCGAAAAAGGCCGUAACGGACAUCCAGCCGGUGGACGGUCUCAGUGCCGUUGAUCGCCAGUUUUUCGAAAUCACCAUAAAUGAUCUAAAUCAGAAGUUGGCGCGCCUUCGCACGCACAAUGUGAAAAUUGAAGAACGCAACGAGGAACUGGAAGCAAAGCUCAAGCAAAUCGAGGAAGACCGAGCCGAUGUGACGGCGUUCCUGGAUCGAACCCUGCAGGAGAAGCUCGCAGUGAUUAUCGAGCUGGAGGAUAAGUUGAGUGAACUAUCGAAAGUGCGGGAUCAGGAAAAUGAAGAAUGCCAAAAGCAGAUUGUCAGUCUGGAUGCCAAGUACAAGGCCAUGCACGAACAGUUAACAUCGGAAAUACAGCUACUGACGGGAAAGUUGAACUCGAUGGAAGAGUUUCGUCAGCAACGGGAUGAACUGAUGGCCAAAUUUGACGCCCAAGACAUGGAGUUGAAAGAGCAAAACAAACGACACAAAACCACCCUGUACGAAAUGGAGCGUAAGGUAAUUCUGGACAAGGAUCGCCUGCGGAAGGAUGUCGAAAACAAGCUACUUCAACUGUCCACAGAAUUCACAAAAUCAUCCGAAAUCCGGGUCGCUGCCCACACUCAGCGCUUGGUUCGUGAAAACAUCGCACUAAACAACGAAAUGGAUCGUAUGAUCUUCACACAGGAAAGACUGGAAAAACAGUACUCUGAACUCAAGGCGCAGAACGUCGAGCUACGCAAUCAGGCGGAAAUCGAUCUCAUCGAGAAACAGCGGCUGAUGCAAACCUGUCAGGAGCGACUGGACCUCGUUACACAGCUUGCCGAUCAAUACGAACAGCAGUUGCAAACGAACGCCCAGCUGAAUGCCUACAAAGAGCGGGCGAACGAAUUCGAAACGGAAACGCAAUCCACUAAAAAGGAGUACAAUCAUCUCCGGCAAAAGGUACGCCUUCUAGAGCAAUACGUGCACUACAUUAACACCGACCGACAGGCGUUACGGAACGAAUCGAUUCAUAACCGUCACGAGUUCGAGCGUAUUUCGGAAAUUCUGAAAACCGUCCGCUUCACCGUACGCUCCGCUUUCAAGGAAGACGAGCAAGAGGACGACCUUCCCUAUCAGGAAAUUAAGCGUAAGCGUCUGAUUGCUGACCUGUUAAAUGCGCUAACCGAUUUGGAGCUGAAGCCACGUGUGGACGUUUCUGUGACCACGCUUCCACCCGACGGAGAGGAAGGUUACGAACAGGGUGAUUUGGGCGUGAUUCCUCGUGAAACUUUGGAGAUGAUCCUACAGAAGACGCAAGGGUACAACCUCCCGGAGACGCCCCUGCUGAGUUCGGAAACGGUUUCCGUCGAGGAGGAAGCCGAAAGUGUUGCCAGUUUGCAGAUCGCUUCCGGUAGUGACGUGAUUCUGGAUGUCGUCAGCGGAUCUCAGUUGGUCUUCAAGGGUUCCGAAGAGUCGUACGAAGGCGAAGGUGAAGAAAAGGAUGGUGAAGGGGGUGGUGGUGAAGGGGGCAGAGCUAGUGAGCAGGACGAACGGAAAGCCGAUGUGGAUGGUAAUGGAAGUGCACGAUCGGCUGAGGAUGAGGAGGGUAGCGGCCGAGGUUCUUCGGUCACCUCGGAUCGACCGGAAGAUGUGAUUGUCGAUGCUCCGGAUGUGUUUGAAGAUGAACCGAUUGAGUUUACUGCCACGAAAAGUGAUUCGGAUUGA